AUGGAUGAGGAGUUAUAUGGAAAAGCAAGGAAUGACUCAAAAGCAUUACUUAAAUCACACCUCAAUAUGGGUGAUUAUCAUAAACACCAAAACCUGGAGCUCUCUACACAACUUUCAGGCAGAAGUCGUAAUAAGCCUUCACUGUCUGCCUGGCCAAGCCAAGUUGUUCCUCAAGGACAGUAUGUGGAACUUCGAUGUGACUUUUAUAAUGAGUCUUACAUAUUCAGGCUACACAAAGAACAUGGGGAUCCUAACCAACAGGUCCAUGAAAGAGUGUUCCAGAGAAAACUUGUCUUGGGUCCUGUGACAGCAGCAUAUGGAGGAACCUACACAUGUUAUGGUUUUAAAAGUCAAUACCCAAAUGAACUUACAGCACACAGUGACCCUCUGAAGAUCAUAAUUUCAGAAAUCUACAGGAAGCCUUUCCUCUUGGCCCUACAAGCUCCUCAGGUAAAAUUAGGAGAGAAGGUGACACUGCAGUGCCAUUCAGAGAUUAUGUUUGACAUAUUCACUUUCAUGUCACAUAGAAAGGGAAUAAUCAAGGACUCUUACCAGCUGUCUGCAGAAUAUCAUCUUGGAGGAUCCCAUGCCAACUUCUCAAUAGGUCCUGUGACACCUGAACAUGCUGGGAUUUACACAUGCUAUGGUUCUUCCCAUCAAACACCAUAUGAGUGGUCUGAAUCCAGCGACCCUACUGACAUAAAGAUCACAGGUUUAUACAAGAAACUUUCUCUGUCAGCCUUGAUGUGUCCUGUGGUGAUGUCAGGAGAGAACAUGACCUUGUCCUGCACUUCUGACCAUCAGUUCUAAAUGUUCCAUUUGUCCAGGGAAGGGGUACCUCGGAGACAUGGGCUUCCUGCAGUCCAGAGCCACAAUGGGAUAUUCAAGGCCAUCUUCCUUCUUGAUCCUGUGAUCAAGAAAGGGACCUAUAGAUGCUAUGGCUCUUUCAGAAAUUUCUCCCAUGUGUGGUCAUCCCCAAGUGACCCCUUGUACAUUCCUGUCACGGGAAUUAAUAACAAACCUUCACUGUCUGCCUGGCCAAGCCAUGUUGUUCCUCAGGGACAGAAUGUGACCCUCACUUGUGACACUCACAGUGUGUUUAACAUAGUCAAGCUGUACAAAGAGCAUGGGGAUCCUAAACUUCAGGUUCAUAAUGGAAUGUUCCAGAGGAGUCUUAUCUUGGGGCCUGUGACCCCAGCAUUUGGAGGAACCUACAGAUGCUAUAGUUAUAAACAUCAAUACCAUAAUGAACUCUCAUCACACAGUGAGCCUCUGAAGAUCAUAAUUUCAGGAAUCUACAGGAAACCUUUCCUCCUGGCCCUACCAACUCCUCUGGUAAAAUUAGGAGAGAAGGCGACGUUGAAGUGCCACUCAGAGAUUAUGUUUGACAUUUUCAUUUUGACUUCACAUAGAAUGGGAAUAAACAAGGACUCUUAUCAGCUCUCUGCAGAAUAUCAUUUUGGAGGAUCCAAUGCCAACUUCCCAAUAGGACCUGUGACACCUGAUCAUGCUGGGACUUACACAUGCUAUGGUUCUUACAAGCAUACACCAUAUGAGUGGUCUGAAUCCAGUGACCCUGUUGACAUAAAGAUCAUAGGUUUAUACAAGAAACCUUCCUUGUCUGCCCUGAUGGGAACUGUGGUGACAUCAGGAGAGAACAUGACCUUGUCCUGCAUCUCUGAACAUCAGUUUGACAUGUUCCAUCUGUCCAUGAAAGGGUUGCCUCUGGGAUAUGGGUUACCCACAGAGCAGAGGCACAGUGGGACAUUUCAGGCCAACUUCCUUUCUGUUCCUUUGAUCCAGGCAGAGACGUAUAGAUGCUAUGGCUCUUUUAGGAACUCUUCCCAUGUGUGGUCAUCCCCAAGUGACCCAUUGUACCUUUCUUCAUCAAGAAAUUUCACUUCAUACACUGAACCAGACUCCAAAACUAAUAACCACAGUAUCAUGAAUAUUCUGAUCGGGCUGUCAGUUAUCAUGAUGUCUGUUUUCCUUGUCAUCCUCCUGUAUUCUUGUUGCUCGGCCAAAAAGAGUAAAUCUCAGGAACAAGCCCGUGAGUGUCAUCUGAGUAGUGUGAGAAACAAAGACUGGAGAAAUACAGCUGUCAUGGACCAAGAGUGUGAAUCGAGAACAACACUGAACAGACAGGACCCUGAAAGACAAGAAGUGCAGGAGGUGGCAUACUUGGAAUUUGAUCAGUUGGUCUUCAAACAAAAAUUACCCACUCCCAUUUCCCAGAUUCCAAAGGAAUUUUCCACAGAUCCCAGUGUGUACGUGAAAGUCAGGAAAUGUUAA